GCCGGAGACAUCACCCACACAACGGUACCCUACUAAACUGGAAGAGUACUGGAAGGCCACCGAGCUUGAGCGUACCUACUAAGUAGGGAUCCAAGAGACUACGUUGCUACUGUGGGCAUACCGGUAUCUUACAAGAUGGCUCCUUUCAAAAGAGCGUUGGUGCCAUCAUGGCUCUUGGUGGUGGCACUCGUCUUGACGGUGAACCUGGGUCGCAGCAAACCGUCGUGUAUUUCAUGUGAAGCAUUGUCGAUCAUGAUGAUAUCUUCAUCAUCGACAAACACAAAGGCCUCCACUGGAAGCUUUGGCUCAAGAUCGUUUGCCGCAUCCAAGAAGCCACCUCCCUACUUGGCCCUGAUAACCCCUCGCAACACUUGCGACAACCAGCAACGCUUGGAAGGUAUUUGCAGUAAGCUCCAAGAGGCACUGGACACGCACCAUGUGGACUUGGUGUCAGUGAGAAUCACCAAGGCUACGGCAAACCCCAAACUGGUGUUGGAGCUCAUUCAAUUUCUGGUACAGCAGAGCAAGAACAAAAAGUGUAGCGUCGUCGUCUUGCAAGAUUGGCUUGAUUUGGCAAUUCAAGCCGAGGCUCAAGGGAUUCAUAUCAAAGAAGGGUGCAGAGGCGAAAUCCCCUUGAUUCGACAAAGAUAUCAAGAAGCCAAUUUACCACCACCGUUGAUUGGGAGCACUGCGCAUUCCGUCGAUUCAGCUGUCGAAGCUGCCUCGUUUCGACCGGAUUAUUUGUUUGCAGGGAGCUGCUACUUUUCGGGUGACUCUCAUCCGGAAAAGUCUAUAUUAGAAGGACCCUUGCUGCCGGGGUUAGUGGCAAAGGAAGUUGAUGCUGGGUGCCCAGUGUUUGCUAUUGGUGGCAUUGAAAUCAGCAACUGUCAAGAGCCCAUUCUUCAUGGAGCCUCGGGUGCCACGGCUAUUCGGGCAGUGUUUCAAGCCAACAAUGUUGCUGAGAGCGUCAACGAGCUCCACUCCAGUCUGCUAGAAGCCUACAACAAUGGGGUGCAGAGUCACCGCCACAAGCAUCCAUUGCCGGCACAGUAGAUCAGUUUUCUCGUCCAUGCGCACUAGCUAUCAUAGCUUGAGUAUACACUUUCUUAGGUUCGAUUCAAAACUGAUGCCAAGGUCUCAAGAACUCUAAACUCCUCUCGUCUCUCAAGGCGCUCAUUCAGAAGCAUACAUCUGAGAGCUCCGCGUACACCAUAUCUCUCCCCGCCCAAACAGACUUGCCUAGCUAGAGUAGCCAGGCCCUUCAAAUUUGGGAGAGGGUGGGUGGAAGUUCGCAAGGCAUAAAUCCUCAACCCUAAACAUGG